CGUUCCGGGCGGAUGUGUUUUGUGUGUGCUGCUCGUUUCCCGGUGUGUGCUCUCGUGUGUACGCGGUGGUGCUGUGCGUUUUACGUUGUCUACGCCAUUUCGACGGUGUUGUUUGCAAUGGUGCACGCGGACGGGUUGCCCUAGGUUUGGGCACUGCUCGGUACAGCGAAAAGUGAGUGUUCCGGCGAGGUUAAGAGAAGGGAAAAUGAGAAAGUGAAAAGAAGAGAGUGAGAGAGAGAGAAAAAACAAAUACUACUAUCAUAAUAAUAUUCAUGGCAGAUUGUGAGUGUGGUACUAAAUAACAGGGCAAAAAAAGUCCGUGUGAAAGUGAAAGAAGAAAUAAUUCGGAGCCGAGAAAAAAUCUGUCAGCCCGCACAGACAAGCAAGUGGAAAGCGUUUUUCGCGUUUUAUUCCCUACCCAUCGCUUCGAAUGCAACUAGAACGUUUGAAUAAAAACGAUCAUCGUUAAGAAGAUAAAAAAAACGGCUCAAAACAUACGAAAAAGUUCCUUCCCAAACUCAAUGUGCCGUACGACACACCAAGACCGGGGAGCAGGGAACUCACGAAGUGUUGCCCCAAAAAAAGGGGGAAGUUAAAAUCUAGUCACAGUGAAAACAAUGGCCGUGCCAGUGCACGAGCAGUACAGCAGCGGGAACCAUCGCGGGCCAUCCGCCAGUGGCACGUGGGUUGGCAAUGGGUGGCAGCGAAUGUCCAACGGCACCCCCGGCGUAGAGCUGUUGCUAGGCGCAGUGAAAACCAUCAUCUGAAAAUUCGUCGGUCGCCAAUCAAAACGCAAAACACGGCAAACGCGGCCAGCUCCCACCUGCGCUCAUACCCCAUCCACCCGAUCGUCCUAAGCAACAGCGCGGGGGAAAGGCAAAAAAAGAAAGGCAAAACAAAAAACGACCACAAAAAGAAAAGUCGUCACUGUUUGUUAGUGUUUUUAGUGAUUAUUUCCCAUCCGAUUGCCGACCGCCGUCUCGCUGUGGCAAUCGCCGGAAGAAAAAGUACACACGCUACACGCUCCUGCAUCUUCCGCCGAGAACGCUCGAGAAGAUAGGGUUAAACCCGUCGAGCGUUGCCUGGCAGGCUUAAAAGUUGGCUACCCCUGUUUGCCCGUACCCGCCAUUAAAGUGCAACGGUGUUUGUGAUUGUGUAGCUCUGGAGUUAGUGUGUGUGUGUGUGUGUGAUUGUGUCCCGAAGAAGCAACAAAAAAGGCGUUUAAGCGUGAUUCUUUUUUUUUUGGGUUUUGCACCAAGUGCAGAAGUGUGUCUAUCGUGUGUGUGUGUGUGUGUGUGUACAGCAGUGUGUGCGUGUGUUUGUGUGGUGCUUCAGAUUUUUCCCCAAUUUCAGUUCGGUGGAAUUACCACGCGGUUGCAUUGGUUUUUUUCUCUUCCCACGAGCUUUUCCGUUUGGUUGUUAUUCGUGCAAAAGUUGUGUUUUUCUUCCAAGCCACCUCCUUCUCCACAGUGCUUCCUUUAGUUUAGGCAGUGUCCGCAAUCCCACUUCCGGUCAGCACGGUCGUCGUCGUCAGCCAUCGUCUCCCCAGUGAGGACCGGUAGAAUUAUUCGUAGUGGAGAAACGUCCAGUUUGUUUUUUGUUGCUCUCAUCUGGGAUAGAGAUUCUGUGAUGCUUCCCAGUACCCAGCUGUGACUCCAUUUUCAUUUUCCCGUAUUUCGACCCGAUUAUUUGCAUUCCGCACUCCUCGCCAACCAACCCCAUCCCCUGCACCCUCACGAAAGGUCAGCCCGCGUUCCACGGUGAAUGAAUUUUGUGCGGCGUGUGACAUUUUUCGGCGAACACGACGAGCACCACACGGAAUUUGAGUCACAGUUUACGAGUAUCAUCAUCAUCAUCAUCAUCUGCGCCCUUUAGCUGGCUGGCUGGGUGGUGGUAGGAGGAGAACAAAAAAAAAACGUUUCGUGAAAAACUAUCUUCCGUACACACACACACACCAAAGCAGGCGGAAGGCAAAAAAGCAUCAUGGAGAUUAUUAAAAUAACAGUUUUGCUGCUGUGGAGCGUCGCAUCGAGCAUGCUAGGAUUAGCGAAAGCCAAACAAUCACAUAUGCACGAGAAUCCGUCGGAUUUCAAUACCGAAGCGAGCUUUCCGCGGUUUGCUGAACCGAUCCCGAACAUAACGGUCACAAUAGGGCGUGACGCACUGUUGGCUUGCGUGGUGGAUAAUCUAAAAGGAUACAAGGUGGCCUGGGUGCGGGUGGACACGCAAACCAUCCUCUCGAUACACCACAACGUGAUAACGCAGAACCCACGCAUUAGCCUCACCUAUAACGACCACCGGUCCUGGUACCUGCACAUCCGGGAGGUGGAGGAGAGUGAUCGGGGCUGGUACAUGUGCCAGGUCAACACCGAUCCCAUGAGAUCUCGCAAGGGCUACUUGCAGGUUGUGGUUCCUCCCGCAAUCAUUGAAUCGAUGACCAGCAACGAUAUGGUCGUGCGCGAAGGUACCAACGUAACGCUCAACUGCAAGGCGAAGGGGUUCCCCGAACCGUACGUGAUGUGGCGGCGGGAGGAUGGUGACGAGAUGGCGAUCAGUGGAGAAAAUGUAAAUGUCGUUGAUGGUGAAAUAUUACACAUAACCAAGGUCAGUAGACUCCACAUGGCGGCGUACCUGUGCGUUGCAUCGAACGGCGUCCCACCGUCCAUCAGCAAGCGAGUGCAACUCAGGGUACAGUUUCCACCGAUGCUGUCGAUACCGAACCAGCUCGAGGGAGCUUACGUCGGCCAGGAUGUCGUGCUCGAGUGUCACACGGAGGCGUACCCAGCAUCAAUCAAUUACUGGACGACGGAGCGAGGCGAUAUGAUAAUAUCCGAUACCUCCCGCACGGGCGAUAAGUUCGAAACGAUGUCCCGCAACACCGGCUACACGAAGUAUAUGAGCCUGAAGAUUCGCAACGUCGGACCGGCGGAUUUUGGCUCGUACCGAUGCGUGGCGAAAAACUCAUUAGGCGAAACCGACGGACUAAUCAAAUUGGACGAAAUACCGGCCCCGACGACAAUAUUGACAACCGAAUCACUUUAUAACAAUCGAUCAAAAGGACGGAAAGCAAACAAAAAGCAUGACCCGAUGAUGGUUGGUGACUACGGAGUAGAAGAGUGGAAGGAAAAUGGACCUUCGAUACGACAUCCACCGGGAGCAUUCCACAACGGUGCCGUCUGCCCGACUGCACAUACCGUCACGGUUUGCUGCGGCGUACUCUUCCUGCUACACUGCCUAGUAUCGGCACUGACAACGCAGCAUCAAUACCAACGCAGCCAGCCGAGAUGAAAGUGAGACUCCACACGCUCCAUUGGCUGGAACGUUUGCAGGGACGUGCAGCAAGCGGCAUGCUUUUACGCAAACGAUGGCAACGGUCAGCCGUACGAACGGAAAUUCCGGUAGAUUAGAAAUCGUAGCACCGGGGGGGGGAGAAGUGAAACCAAACGAAACCAACCGAGUAAGUGAGUAGGGAGUUGCGUAGUGGACAUUCCAGAACAAAACAACAAACAUAAAUAUAAAAAAAAUUAAAAUCCAUCCCUUACAAAGGGAUUGUGGGACGUGGUGUAGGAAAUGGUAGCUGUAAGUAUAACCGUAACGCACCCGGCACGCGGUCAUGUUGUGAGUGUGCAUAGAAGACCAUUUUUUCUAUGCAUUUAAAACACGAACGUAGCAUGCCGGAUGAAGCUGUAGUGUUGAUUGAUUUACAAUGGUUAAGUUUAAGUCAGCUGGUAGCUGUAAAGGAUAUAAGUCGUAGGAAACAAAAACAGAAGACAAAAAAACGGACUGUGUUGCUGAAACACACCAUGUAAAUAUAUUACUAUCAGAGUAGUUUCAUAUGGUAUGCGGAAGAGAGCUUCACUCAAGCUUCUGUGGAGUUAUGACGUUCGGGUUGGGUUGAUUGGAUGGAGCUCAAACAUUGGCAAGGAAGUGUCGUGAAGGUUAUCUGAAAAGUCAUUUUCGUCAAUUUGUAACCAUUUCAUAUGAAAGUCCGAUGAGAUUCACAAUAAUGGUGUCUUUAAGUCGAUAUUAUUGACCAGAUUGAGUAAUUUAAUAAUCCUAAUUAGGAAUAGUUUUGUGAGGUGUUUUAUGCUUCCAUAAUAAUCUUUUUUUUUAAUUUUUUCAUGAUAUUUUAACAACAGCAUUUUUUUUCAUUUUUAGCACAUGUUUUUCUUAAUUCAAAACCCAUUUUGUGUUUCACAAAAGUAAUAUAUAAGAAAUGUUUGCUUCGCCAUAUCUGUUAAACAUAUAUUCAAUUAGUGCAAAGCAAUAGAUUCAAUUCUAGUGAUGCUAUUCCCUUGUAACGAGCCAAGUUACAUUGAAAAGGCUAACCAAUAUGUUUGAAAUGAGUGCCGCCGUCAUACAAUUUUCAUCAUUGCGCAGCAACUCAUAUGGUAUGGUGCGAGUUAUAACCACACAAAACGAUCCUUAUGCGUAUCGGUUGAUGAUUAUUUAAUUGAUUUCACUGGGAAAAUGUUCCACUUUAUAUACCAAAUGAACAACUUCCCUCUAGGGAAGUGAAUACUCUCUGGGAACGUCCAAUGCGGCCUAAAACACACUCGAAAGAGACGAAGCACCGUUAGAUGCUUUUGAUUAUGAUAAAAUGUACGCAUGGUGCGUUACACAGUACACGACAGUUUUUAAGGAUCUCAUCAAAGGUGGUCACAUUAGCAAGCGGUUUGGUGCAACUCGUCAUACAAUAAUUAAUAGACUAUUCCGCGAGCAAACUGUGCCCUAUUUCAGCUAAAUGACCGCAACGAGCAUUGCGCAAAAUUUGUGUCGCAGCUACGCUUGCGACAAAAAACAGCUUUCUAAUGAAUGUGCACAAACUGAUUGGAAAUGGAUUGAUAAAUUCAAGAGCGCUAGAACAAUCAACCAUUAUGAUUUCCUGCUCAGGCACUCACAUUUUGGCUCGCGAGCAAACUUGUCUAGAUGGCCGUGCUAGAAAUCGAAUUACAUCAAUCAAUCGAAUUGCAUUCGUUUCCCGCAGCAUACUGGGUCCAUCCGGACGCGCGCUCUAAGAUACUUACGCUUAAUGGAUACUUAUUUCAGAACUAAACAACGUUAUCCACUUGCACUCGUAGGAAAAUUAAUUUCGUACGUCAUUUUGUGUGCUCGAAAGCCCCGGGGCCCUCAAAUGAUGGAUGCUGAUCGAACUUCAGCUCGCGAAGCCAUGCCGUGAAACGGCGAUGAAAGUUGUCACUUUCGAGCUGAUGAGAUGAUUUUGAAGGUACACCGUGUUUCAACCACCAUUGGCAUUGGGAAUAUGUGUACAUCGGCAACAGUCCGGACGGUAAUGAUUGAUCACUCGCACCAGGGCAGAAGGUAGCGCGGUAGAGCUUAGGAAGUAAUGCGAAACGAAUGAGACACUUCGUUACUCCUCGAUCUUUCGUAUCUGUAUCCCUCGCCACCGCAUUAUCCCACCUUCCCGCGAAGCGUCUGGAAGGAGAAGAAAUGAGGCAAAGUAAUCAAAAAAUGUCUCCAUCACCACCACCGCUCCUACUUUGCGGGUUGUUCACCCGCUUACAUUGCGGUUUUUUUUUUUUCAAUUGACUUGAAGCUAAAUCACGGAACUCAUAUUAGGCAAAAAAUCGAUUCACGAUCCGGGCUGUCUUUUUGCCUUCCGGUGCAACGACUUCACCCAUCGAUGAUGAAUGAGUCUGGAUUGACGCUGGAUGCUCGCGGGCCCAUAGCUUCCCCGAUUAACCUUCCCGCUUCAAGUGGAUUCAUCGAACAGGAAAUGGCAAUUUUGGGAAGAGUUUUCUUAAGAACUCCAACCAUGACAAAACUGCCAGCCUCGACAAGAAUUCAAACCACCGCCCGAGUGAAGGACCAGAUUAAGCGAACGUGAAUAAAUGAUUUUGAUAAACCCAUCGCCUAACGCAAAUGGCACAACAUUCACUCGCAGCUCAUCACUCGCAUGGCCAUAUUUAUUUCCACUUCAACGGGGAACAGGUCAACCACGUCCCACGUAACCUGUACUAGCUGAAUGAGUACCCUGUACAUUGCCCAAUCAGUGUAUCGAACCUCGUGAAGCAGACAAAUAAACGUUAUUGCAGAACGAUAACGGAUAAGUAACAUGCCUGUUCAGUAGCGAAGCAGUAGAAAAACCACCACCACCAUUCAAAAUCAGCCUCGGCAGGGUAGGGAGCAUGAGAGCAGUGGUGGCAGGAAAUGCUUAAACUGAAAACCAAAUUAUUUUCCAGCCCACGUUUUCUGGGAUUGUGCUGCCUUUUCUUCGGUUGGCAAAUUUCACCUUCACCAAACCGUGCACAGUAAUUUCACCGGAUUGCCCCGCUUUUGGCGGUAAAGCUCGCUUCCCUUUCACUGCCUUUUUCACAGUAAAAAUGGAAACACACGAUCAGGGCAAUGGUGGGUAUGUAUGUGUGUGUGUGGGUAUGCACACAGCGGGAAUUCGGCAACUGGCAACGGUCUCGACGAUGUUGGAAUUGCGAAUUUCAAAUAUUGAUGAAAUUGCACGACGGCAGCACUUGACGGCUUGGAACGAGAGGUGGGCUGUUUGGCUUCUAUUCAUGUUCCUAUGACGUUCCUCAUUUCGUUUCGUCUGGUUGUUAAUACAGGCAAAUGGUGAUAGGAAAUGUCAAUGAUUCGAAAGGAUAAGGCACACGGAUAGGGAACGCGUUGGCAUGGGCAGGGGACGAAACAUAAGCUUCUCCUCGGUGCCACUUCACCAGCAGUGCCCCCUAAUCGGGCUUGCUGUUUGUGACAGAGGAGAUGCUACGUUGACUUCAGUCUGUAUCCUUUUUGUAUGGUCGACGUAUCGAUACGACAGGAAACAAGACAUUUGGUGACAAUCGUUCAAAAAGCUUUGAAAAGAGCAAAGGGUCAUGAGCGCGGUAGAAGUGUGUUUGACGUUGCUUUUACUUUUGAUUUUCCGCGUUGCUUUCAAGUCUUGCGAGUAAAUGAUUUACUUUAUUAUAAGUUCUAAAAUCACGUAAGGUAUCAUAUGUUAAAUUCUAAAUCUUAUAUUUUUCAACUCUGAACACGAGUUUUGAGGAAAACCAAUUAAAAAUGUUUUGUAUUAAAAGCAUAUUUUGAUGAUGACCUGAGCAUUCGAACACCAACAAAUCAACUGAACGUCAUAAGGCACACGCACUUGUUAAAAUAGCUAAACAAAAUGCCGAUUCAAACCAGCGCACACAGACAAGCUCCUGAAGCCUGGAGUUAGUUUACUAAACACAUCUGCUCGAAACAUUUUCCGUUUGUACAUAAUAAAGCUACAUUGAAUGGGAAAGAAAAGGUAUUUUCAAUGUAAAUGCAAAGUAAAAAAAAUCGGACUGUUGCAAAACCACCAAAAGAAACGAAACGAUAUUGAAUCGUGUCAAACGCAGGAAUCAGUCAACGAGAAAUGUGGCAAGGCCGCAAGUGCGGUCAAACGAUGUACAAUAAUGUAGGAAGAGAGGUGAAGGCAAAACAAAAAAAAAAACAAAGCAACUUGUAUCCCUCUUCCCCUUUUACUUCAUAGAGCAAAACCGAAAUCCCCAUGUAUAAGGUGUAGUGUUGUGUAAAUAUUGCUGCUUAGAUGAAACCAAAAAACACACAGAAAUUGCAGAGCAAACAACAAACAGUUCUUAAGCGCUGGUUGUCGGAGAAGGAGGUGAAAAAUUGGCCGUCUCAUUACGCUGCUUCUACCAAUAAAGUGCAGCGUGCAAAAGGGUUGAAGAGGAGUGUGAAACGGUAAGGGACGAGUUCAGCUCAGCGCGGUUGCAUAGUAGAGAAAGGCAAACAGGUCUACAAGUAAGUAAUAAAUGCAAAUGGCAAAUACGUGAAAUACAAAGCUGCUGUUAAAACAGAGAUGUUUGUGUGUUCGUGUGUGUGUGUGCGCGCUAAAGAGUAUGUGAAAAGAAGGAAGAGGAAAAGAGGAUGAAAACGUGAUGAAAUAAACGAGAAUGGGAAAACUUUGCAGAAUAAAAAAAAUAUGACUCAA